ACUGCGAGCACCUGAUCCGUAGGAUGCUGGUGCUGGACCCGUCCAAGCGUCUGUCGGUGGCCCAGAUCAAGGAGCACAAGUGGAUGGCACUGGACGUGCCGGUGCAGAGGCCCAUGCUGUACCAGCAGGAGGGCGACUUGGGCGAGUACAGCGAGCAGGUUCUACGGCUCAUGCACAGCCUGGGCAUCGACCAACACAAGACAAUCGAGGUGAAAGAUGACCUAGAGAGAUGGCGCCUUGUUCCUUUAUAUAGGGCCCUGGUCAAUACUGGUCUCCCGAGUGGCGCAGUGGUCUAAGGCACUGCAUCGCAGUGCUAGCUGUGCCACUAGAGAUCCUGGUUCGAAUCCAGGCUCUGUCGUAGCCGGCCGCGACGGGAGACCCAUGGGACGGCGCGCAAUUGGCCCAGCGUCGUCCAGGGUAGGGGAGGGAGUGGCCGGCAGGGAUGUAGCUCAGUUGGUAGAGCAUGGCGUUUGCAACGCCAGGGUUGUGGGUUCGCUUCACACUGGGGGCCAGUAUGAAAAAAUAAAUAAUGUAUGCACUCACUAACUGUAAGUCGCUCUGGAUAAGAGCGUCUGCUAAAUGACUAAAAUGUAAAUGUAAAUACUAGUGCACUGUAAAGGGAAUAGGGGUGACAGUUGGGAUGCAGACAAUAUCUACACUAGCAGGGCCGGCUUUAGCCUUUUGGUGGCCCUAAACCAGAUUUGGUUGGACGGCCCCCUCCCACCUCGUGGCAAAACAACACCAUUUUGAGACACAGGCUGAGUUCCUUUUUUGGUCACUUAUGUCUGGAUCCGGCCCUGUACACUAGCAUACUAAAGAGAAUGGAGCAAUGUGUUGCGCGUGGAUUCAAAGUAGUGUGCCAGAGUGGAUAUUGGCUGCAUCUCUAAUGACACCCUAUUAUGAGUAUUGAUGUUAGUACAGCUGUGGUCCUCUGUAGCUCAGUUGGUAGAACAUGGCUCUUGCAAUGCCAGGAUAGUGGGUUCGAUUCCCGGGGCCACCUAUACCUAAGAAAUGUAUGCACGCAUGAAUGUAAGUCACUUUGGGUGACAAAUUCCCUCAUAGAUACUCAUCACUCUGGACCCAGACAGUGAAAUAUUAAUGUUUUUUUUUUUUUUACUUGCACGAUUGCCCCUAUUACUUACAUUGAUCGUUAGCUAAAGUUUGGAAUAAUAAAAUAAUACUAAUAAUUUAUAAUCAUCCUAUUUCACAGAUGUACAAGUGUGAAUGUGUGAACGCAUGUGUGAAUUGGAAAUGUUUUUUUUUACAUAUCCCAACUUAGAGUGGGGUCACAGCCAAGGUCACCCAUUAUCAACAGCGACCCUGGAGCAAUUAGGGUUAAGUGCCUUGCUCAAGCACAAAUCAACAGAUUUUUUUUACCUUGUCGAACUAGCAACCUUUCGGUUACUGGCCCAACGCACUAACUGCUAGGCUAUCUGCUGCCCUACGUGUAGUGGCUGUUUCAAGAAAACCAAACCAUGGAUUACAGUUUAUCCUGGCCCAUAUAUUACAUUCAGGGUGCGGAAGCAUCUAACAUCAAGUUAUAAAAUACUGAACUAUCCCUUUAAAGAUGCACUAUACAGAAAUCGCGCCGCUAUUUCCUCGUUGCUAAAAUUCUAAUAGUUCGCCUUAUUUCAGUUUAUGUGACAAAACAAGCAAGUAUUGUGUAGAGAAUCAUUGUACCAUCUAAGUGGUUCCCAACCUUUUUCGGUUACUGUACCACCAACUUCAUUUUGCUCUGUCCGGAGUACCCCUGAAGUACCGCCUCAUGUGCAUUUUACCAGCAGGCCUAUGUUCUCAUGAGUCUUCUCAAGGAGCCGCUGUGGAUAGGCCAAGUACCCCUGGUUGGGAACCACUGAUUUAAACCGCUGUGAAAUAUCUUUUCCAUAACCAAAAAUAGUGUAUUUUCAGCUGUUUUGAAGCUGGUGUACAAAACUGAAUAUAAAAGAUGCAAAAACUAAACUUAAGAACGGGAAGCUUCUUAUACUUGCUUUCAAUGAGAAUGACAGCUCUAUAACUUACGUUUCUAUGUGAAUUUUGUCGGUCAAAAAGUGACAUAUUGCAGCUUUAACAUGGUUUGUCCCUCCCUGUGUCCAGUCUCUCCAAAACAAGAAUUACAACCACUUUGCUGCGAUCUACUACCUGCUGGUGGAGCGUCUCAAGGCCCACCGCUGCAGUUUCCCUGUGGAGCAGCGGCUUGACGUACACCAGCGCCGGCCCAGCACCAUCGCCGAGCAGACUGUUGUCAAGGUAGCCCCCGCUGUCUUCAUCACAAAGUAGAUCUGUCUGUGUGGUGCAUUAGAAUGGGUGUCUGUGGUCGUAAUAAUCAAAGACAUUUACAUUCACACACCUGGCUGUUCAAAGAACAUGUAUUCAUUCAUUAAUGAAGCAUCUUUUCUCUUCCUUUCACUGCCCUCUCUUUUUUUCUUCUCUCACUCUAUCCAUUCAACUUCCUUUCUUCCUUUUAUUCUCUCUGUUACCUUUCACCCUCUUCCUCUUUCUUUGAAUCUCUCUCUAUCCACAUUCUUUCCUCCUAUCUCUUUCUCUCUCUCGUCUCUCUUCUUAUCUUCCUCCCUCAUUCUCUCUCGCUCUCUCUGUACCCCUCCGUCUAUCUCCCCUACAGCCGAGUGAACCGAGCGGUGGCUCCCCCCAGGUGGGUCUCCUGCCCCAGGGGGUGCGGUGUCUCCUACGCUCCCCAGCCCUGCCCCAAGCCUCUGCCGAUGCCUUCAACUUCCCACAGUCGCCACUUCUACCUGAGCACAGCUUCGUGGUCGAGGACGUGGCCACUCCUAAAGUAAGUCACGACGCCAAACAACAUGUCAUCUAAGGUUACGAGCUGUUCUGAACCGAAGCACCCCGGCCUGUAGACACCCACUAUGUAGAGUGUUAUCCAGAUUUCCAGCUGGAUAACACUAUUGAGUUAGUGGAAUUAAGCAAAACAAAUUACAAGAAUCGAUGUUCCUAUUGGGACAAACUCAGGGAGUACCUCCCCUGUUUGAAAACGUUUCAAAAUGUUUUCUCCAACUGAACAUGUCCCCGUGGAGCACUUAUUGCAACUGGUGACCCGACAGAGGACCGGUCCUCCCCCCAGGCAACCCCAACCCCGACUGGCCACUGCUGCUGAGUUAUCCAAGAGUCUGUCUAUUUCGUUUAGUUUAGCCCACUCAUCCUGCCUCCUUCCCUCCCCAGGGGGCUCUUUGUUCAAGGCUGUCCCCAACUCCCCACAGCCAAGCGGCGAGAGAAGGGAGCGUUGCCAGUUUGGCACUCAAUAGAACAACAACACCAAAUCAGCGGAGGAGUGACACAGUCCAGCCGCAGUCCCCACUUACCCCUUUUUAUACAUUGUGUGGGAACUUCUAGCUAGUUCUGACUGAGUUUGCAUCAUAAAUGGCACGCUACUCCCUAUUUAGUAGUGCACUGCUUUUGACCUGGGCCCUGGUCAGUAGUGGUGCACUAUAAAGGGAAUUUGGUGCCAUUAUAGUGCACUACCUUUUGAGGCUCUGGUCAAAAGAAGUGCACUAUAUAGAAAAAGUAGUGCACUAUAUAGGGAAUAGGGUGCCAUUUGGGAUGCUACCUGAGUGAUGGAUGGUGGUGUUUGCGUCACAGUUAUGUUAUGAAAGAGCUCUGACUCACGUUUCACUGAGGACGGGGAUCCACAGUAGAGUACAUAAGCUGGGAACAUGAUGGUGUGUUUGUGUGUUAACCCCGUUCAAAUCCCCUGUCCUAUUCUGACCUCUCCUGGCCUGCACCUGCUGUUAAUGCUACUUGGCUGGCCCCCUUUCUCUCCUCUACAUCCCAAAUGGCACUCUAUUCCCUAUAUCGUGCACUACUUUUGACCAGGGCCCUAUGGGAAACCCUAUGGGCCAUGGUCAAAAGUAGUGCACUAUAUAGGGAACCGGGUGCUAUUUGGGACACUGUCUGUGCACCCUGCCCUAGACACAGCCUGGUUAUCAGAGGGGGAAUGGAGGGAUGUGUCUUGCCCUGUGAGCAGCUCCCCAGAGGCCUUAAGGCUGAGGCACUGGGCUGGCUGGGUCUAACAGGAACCGCACGGCCAGCUGCCCCUCGCUACUCAGACCCAUCCGUCCCCUCUGCUAUCUGUCUGUCUGUCACUGGCUGGGGCCACACAUCUGACAUGACAGCUGCCAGUUCUCUACAGCUCAGGCACAGUCCGAGACCUCUUUCCCCCUCACACGAACAAACACACACACACACACACAGUAGGAGCACACGUACACUUAGCGUUGGACCAUGUGACAUCUGCUGUACUCUUGCCCCUGCAGCUCUGGAUCCAGACUGUCUCCCUCACUCUCCUCCUCCCGCUCUGCUAAGUGUGUCUUUAUCUGUGCCGGACUGUGACCUUUUCUUCCAACCUGGCCAGGCUUUAGCGUUCGACUUCACUCCAACGUCAGCACUCUACGUUGAGCAAUCUACCAUUCCCCUGCUUGCUUCUGUGUGUUGAACAGCUGCCUUAUACGCACAGACCCUAUACUAGUUUUAUUUUGACCACUUAAUUAUUUAUCACUUUUACAACCUAUUAUUUUUUUAUUUACUGACGAACUAUACUUAAAAAUGAUAUAUUAACCCUCAUAAAAAAUGCUGUGUAACCAGCAGACUUGCAAGAGAUUAUAUCAAAGCAACGCUCAAGUGUUAUCUCGGUGAGUGAACACAGCGUGGCCCCUCAAGAACAAGGAACUAGCAUGAUUGCAGCAGCAGGAACACCAGCAGGACACAUGACCAGGAUGCUGCCUGUUGAGGCCGUUCCCUCUGCCCUCCCUCACUCCUGAUGAGCCCCUGCUGGCUCUAGCCACUGUAGGCACUAGGAAUGAAUCCCAAAUGGCAACCUGUUACCUAAUUAGGGCACUACCUUUGGUCAAACUAGUGCACUAAAUAGGAUAUAGUGUGCCCUUUUGGAUGCACACUAGGCAGUAGGGCAUUGUGCAGAAAUAGCCUGGUGUGGCCUGGGUUCGAGCAACCAGCCCCUCUCCCUCUCCCUCCCCAGUGCGUUGAGUAACAGGCAGCAUUCCUGGCCUAGCACGCUUCAGGAGACUGGGAUCAGGAAUUGUACAAAGCAGCUCUGACUGGAGGAGCCCAGGGUUCUGGUUUCCCCGGCAACUCAUCCAGAUGAUCCGUGUCAGCAAGGGGUGUGUGAGAGAGACAGUGUGUGUGCGUGCGAGAGAGAUUUCUGUCGGAGGGAGACAUUUGUGUGUGAGAGAGACACUGUGAGCGAGAUACGUGUGUGUGUGCUUGAUGAGCGAGCCUGAUUGUGUCUCAGUGUGCCUGUGUCUGUGGGAGAGUCUCUCGCUGCGCUUUCGGCCAAAGCACACUUCCUGUGCAUGCAUACCAGACUUCCUCCCCUCUCCCCUCUUAGUGUCUGAGCAACGGGGGGAAAAGAGAGGGAGAGCGAGAAAUGGCAGACACAUUUUGUUUACCCAUCCAGUCCCCAAACCUUGCAGUAGAUUGUAUGUUUCUGUAGGUCCAGAGCUGUCCACUCCAAUAACACAAGUAAAGAGGACCCUCUGGAUGUGUACAUUAGGGGGAAGCUGCCUGGUCAUGAAUUAACCGAGAGAGGAGCCAUGUCCUGAUGAAUGGUUUCACCCUCUUAGGCAGUGUGUGUGUGACAGAGAAGGAGGUCCCAUUCAGAGUCUCAAGCUGCCCCGUAGAAAUGUAGGAAUGGAGCUAAAUGGGGAGACCAAAGUGUAAUGGAGGUGUUUAGGUGAGACCCUCUCACAUGAUGAGUAACUUUGCCUGUGUGCUGGAAACUCGCGUUAGCUCCCCAGAGAUAAUGCCCUGAGAGUCUGGGUUGGUAACCCAGUUUGAUCCCCAACUCUAUAGCGAGUUCCCAGGGACUAUGGAUGAAAAUGAGCUAUUUUGCUAACAGCUGGCACUUGAGCAUUGAUGUGGAAAGGGCAAUAAUGAUUAAUGUACACUGUCCCUGUGAAAUACAUUUCAUAAAUGGAUUGCUCCAGCAAGCAACUCACCGUGCCUCUCCCUGUCUUUGCCUUUAGGUCAAUGGCUGCAUGCUGGACCCCCUGCCUCCCACAGUGCUGCGCAAGUCCAGCGUGUCGUCACCCAGUAACAUGAUGGAGACGUCUAUCGACGAGGGUAUAGAGACUGAGGAACCCGACGCCGAGGACGACCCCGCCCACCUCUUCUCCGCCUUCCAGACGGCCCGCUUCGGCCAGCGCCGACACACCCUGUCCGAGGUCACUAACCAGCUGGGCCCCGUCAUCAACCAAGGUCAGAACUGAACCAAGGCUCUGGGACAUUAGAGAAUCAUAUAGGUCAUUGCCUAGAUAGAGGACAUAGGGCUGUGUUCAUACGAUGGGUUGUUGAUCUGCUAAGCCAGCAAGUAUUGCGUUUGUGAAUGGUGAAAAUGUGCGCUUCCAGUGCAAAUUGUUAUUUUAAAGGCACCACAUUUAUUGAUGGAUGGAUGAAUGAGUGGAUUGACUGGUAUUUAUUUAUUAUAUCUAUCUGAGGCCAGAGGGGUGCACUACAAAGCAGGAUCAACGAGUUAGCCAGCUAACUUUGAUAACAAAACAGAAAUAACUAUUGAUUUUCUGGUUAAUUUAAGAAAGAUGAACUUAAUGUGUUUUGGUUGUUGAGACAAUUAGACCAUGCCCAUUUCAUACUUAUUUUCUUAAAAAAUAAAUAGUUAUUUCAGAAUAUUCUGGGAAGUUAACUGGCAAAGUCAUUGAUCUUGCUUUGUAGUAUACCCCUCGGGAAUCUUUCCUGACCAGCGACCUUACCCGGAAAACGUGCUGUGAUGAUUAUGGAAUUUGGAGUAUCAAUUAAUUUUCAUGCAAAUGGCCACUGUUAUAUUCAUAAUUGUCUUUUAUUUUUGUAUUUAUUUUUUUAGCUUGUAAUGCAUCUUACUGCAUAUUUGAAAAUUAGCUAUCACAUACCUAAUGAAUACAACACAGCUUUAGUGACACCCUUGUCUAUUGGUUUUUACAGCUUUGAACUUUUGGAUCUCCUCCCGACCAUGCCGUUCUGCUUGUAAAAAAGUAUUGCUAACGUUACCCACUUCAUGUAAAAAUGAACAAAUCCUAUUGGGUAAACUAUAUCUACUUGAAUAUAAAGUUGAAUCCCCUCUUAUCAUAACGUGUAUGAAAACGAUUAUGACAACAACAAAAAUAGGUUUUUGUUCACGGUUAUAUGAUAAUUGUGCCAGCCCUACCCAGAAAAACCUGUGACCCUAAUUAUAACAAUAUCCAAUCCACCAGUAGUACUGUCAAUGAACCCUUGCUUUCCUGUAUUGCUGUGAACCAAAAGGUAAACUGUUAACCAUGGGCCACAACCCAUCCCUGGGCAGCGUGGACUCUGACAUGGGCUACGACAUGGGCUCCUUGCACAGUGACCUGGGUCUGCUGGAGGAUGCCCCCUCUCUCAGCGAGGUGGUCCUGGCCAACACCCACAACUCGGGGCCCCACAUGACCCAGGGCCCCUUCAUGAGCCAGCGGCCCACCAUGCAGGCCCUGAGCUCCCAGAGGAGGGAGGCCCACAACCGUUCGCCCAUCAGCUUCAGGGAGGGCCGCCGCGCCUCCGACACCUCCCUCACACAAGGUGAGAUCCACUGGUUGUCUCUUUCUCGAUCUUUACCCGUCUCUUUCUCCGUCUCGAUCUUCAUGUCUUUUUCACUCCUUCUUUCCCUCAACAUUUCUCCACCUCUCUCUCUGUUGUCAGCCUGCGUCUCAUAAGACAACUGGUGUGACUCUGCUCCAAAGUAGUGCACUAUAUACCAGGGAAUAGGGUGUAAUUUGCUAAAUGAAAAAUACAAUUGACAUCAGGUCUCCACCUGAGCAUCUUCUCCUCCCUCAACCCCUGAACAUUAGGACCCUGAGAGACGCCAUCAUCAAGGUCUCGGUCUCUAAUCAUCGCACAGACGACUCAAGACCCCUGUGAACCGCAGCUCAUUCACACCCCUGCGCACACACAUUUUCAAGCUGAAAUUGGCUCUCAUUCGCUUUAUUUUCUUCUCUUUCACCCACCCCCUCUGUCUUUCGCUCUCUCUCUCACUCUGAUGAUUCAUUUUGUGAAUCAGACUGCGCUUUGAAGGUUUGGCCCACAUAGCUUUGUUUAAUGUUUCAUCCCGUAGCAGCAGCAGAAGCACCCUGGAAAGUAACUUAAUUAAUAGAGAGCUUAAAAUGUAUACAGUGAGAGGAAAAAAGUAUUUGAUCCCCUGCUGAUUUUGUACGUUUGCCCACUGACAAAGACCUGAUCAGUCUAAUUUUAAUGGUAGGUUUAUUUGAACAGUGAGAGACAGAAUAACAACAACAAAAUCCAGAAAAACGCAUGUCAAAAAUGUUAUAAAUUGAUUUGCAUUUUAAUGAGGGAAAUAAGUAUUUGACCCACUCUCAAUCAGAAAGAUUUCUGGCUCCCAGGUGUCUUUUAUACAGGUAAAGAGCUGAGAUUAGGAGCACACUCUUAAAGGGAGUGCUCCUAAUCUCAGUUUGUUACCUGUAUAAAAGACACCUGUCCACAGAAGCAAUCAAUCAAUCAGAUUCCAAACUCUCCACCAUGGCCAAGACCAAAGAGCUCUCCAAGGAUGUCAGGAACAAGAUUGUAGACCUACACAAGGCUGGAAUGGGCUACAAGACCAUCGCCAAGCAGCUUGGUGAGAAGGUGACAACAGAUGGUGCGAUUAUUCGCAAAUGGAAGAAACACAAAAUAACUGUCAAUCUCCCUCGGCCUGGGGCUCCAUGCAAGAUCUCACCUCGUGGAGUUGCAAUGAUCAUGAGAACGGUGAGGAAUCAGCCCAGAACUACACGGGAGGAUCUUGUCAAUGAUCUCAAGGCAGCUGGGACCAUAGUCACCAAGAAAACAAUUGGUAACACACUACGCCGUGAAGGACUGAAAUCCUGCAGCGCCCACAAGGUCCCCCUGCUCAAGAAAGCACAUAUACAGGCCCAUCUGAAGUUUGCCAAUGAACAUCUGAAUGAUUCAUAGGAGAACUGUGUGAAAGUGUUGUGGUCAGAUGAGACCAAAAUCGAGCUCUUUGGCAUCAACUCAACUCGCCGUGUUUGGAGGAGGAGGAAUGCUGCCUAUGACCCCAAGAACACCAUCCCCACCGUCAAACAUGGAGGUGGAAACAUUAUGCUUUGGGGGUGUUUUUCUGCUAAGGGGACAUGACAACUUCCCUGCAUCAAAGGGACGAUGGACGGGGCCAUGUACUGUCAAAUCUUGGGUGAGAACCUCCUUCCCUCAGCCAGGGCAUUGAAAAUGGGUCGUGGAUGGGUAUUCCAGCAUGACAAUGACCCAAAACACACAGCCAAGGCAACAAAUGAGUGGCUCAAGAAGAAGCACAUUCAGGUCCUGGAGUGGCCUAGCCAGUCUCCAGACCUUAAUCCCAUAGAAAAUCUGUGGAGGGAGCUGAAGGUUCGAGUUGCCAAACGUCAGCCUCGAAACCUUAAUGACUUGGAGAAGAUCUGCAAAGAGGAGUGGAACAAAAUCCCUCCUGAGAUGUGUGCAAACCUGGUGGCCAACUACAAGAAACGUCUGACCUCUGUGAUUGCCAACAAGGGUUUUGCCACCAAGUACUAAGUCAUGUUUUGCAGAGGGGUCAAAUACCUAUUUCCCUCAUUAAAAUGCAAAUCAAUUUAUAACAUUUUUGACAUGCAUUUUUCUGGAUUUUGUUGUUGUUAUUCUGUCUCUCACUGUUCAAAUAAACCUACCAUUACAAUUAUAGACAGAUCAUUUCUUUGUCAGUGGGCAAACGUACAAAAUCAGCAGGAUAUCAAAUACUUUUUUCCCCUCACCGUAUAUAGGAGAUGUGUGUGUGUUGUUUUUUUUCCCCCCAGCUGCCUCUUCAGUCUGCGCACACACACACACACACAGCAGGAGCUAAGAGUCACCAGAGCCCCAGUUCUUUCACUGACGUUUCAAACAGCCAUUAGAAUCAGCAGCUGGGUUCUUCGUGCAGCUGCAAGGGGGAGACAUGGAGAAGCUUCUCAAAUCUUUAUAUAGCCUUAUCAUUAGGAUGAGUCAGGUCCCGUGGUUCACGCCGUCAGGAACAGUCACCCAGCCUUUUAGGAGCCGGAGAUAGGUUUUUAUUACAACCACCAUUACACACGCACACACGCACACACACACACACAAAAUGUUACCACCCACACACACACUUAUGACGUACAUACUCUCUCCCUGCAGGCGGUGGAGGAGGUAGGCUAGAAGUGAUAGCUAUGUAAUUUCAGUCGGAUAGAUGCAAGGGAACCGGGUUCUAACGAUUCGUUUGGAUGCUAAAACCCCUGACUCUAUGUUGUCAGGUCUGGUUGCGUUCCGACAGCAUCUCCAGAACCUGGCGCGGACCAAAGGCAUCCUGGAGCUGAACAAACAGAUGUACGAGCAGAUGGGCUCCGGGGAGGACCCGUCCUCCAUGAGGACCGUGGGGCCCCAUGCAAACCUGCAGAACCUGCUGGACCCCAUGCUGCAGGUCAGUACUGGUUCCACAGUGUCAGGAGAGGAUCAGGCAGACAGGCAGACAGACAGACCGAAAGCGAGAGACCCCACCCAGCAGCACAUCUCCUGACCUCACCAGCGAUUCAUUAGCCAGCCAGCCGGUGAAUCACAGACAAGGCUGGUUAUAUAAUGGUCCGUCGGGACGAAGAGGCAGCCAAUUGUCUCCUUGUUGACUGUCAGUCAGCCCCUGGUGCUGCACAGAGUGAAUGCAGUCAUUGUUGAGGUAAUACUGCUGCCCAUAGUAAUGGGUGCCCAUAAAAAUAGGGAGAGAGAGAGAGUGUGUGAAAGAGGGAGAGAGAGUGAGGUUAGAGGGAGAGUGUGUGUGUGCGUGCCUGUGAGAGAGAAAAGCAAUAGAGUUAUCUUAGAAGUAACUGUGUGACUGCAUCCAGCUCCCUUGCCCUAGAACAGUGCGUCCUGUGGUUGCUGCGUGUCAACACAAGGCCUGUGUGUGUGGUUGGUUGGUUGGUUGUGGUGGUACAUACAGAGGCUUAGUCUGCGACCCAAAUGGCACCCUAGUCACUAUUUAGUGCACUACUUUUGACCAGGGCUCUGGGCAAAAAUAGUGCACUAUAUAGGGAUUUGGAAUAGGUGCCAUUUGGGACAAAGCCCUGGUGGUCUAAGUGCUGAUUGGCAGCAUGCCUGUCUGUCCACAAGGUCUCUAUAGUUGUUUACCAUACAAUCACUAUUCACAGUCAGCAACAAUACUACAACAACAACAACAACAACAGCAACACACUGGACCUGUAUACAAGAGUGGCAAUGAGUUCAUUACUCAGUGGAGCUGUGUGAGUGUGUGUUUUCGUGUGUGUGCGCCUCCGCGUCAGGGUUUCUGUUAGGAAAAUGUAGCGGCGGACAACGUGACCGGGAAGAUUUUAAUUUACCGGCCAUUUGAGAAAUGUACCAGACCCAUAUGCAUUGAGUACGUAACCCAUUAGGGCAUCCACCCACGGUGCUCAGAAUGACAGAAAUCCAGUUUAUAUUAUGAUAAUUAAUCUUAACAGAACUCCUGUAAUGAAGCAGCCAAUAAAACGUCAAUUUCAAACAUUUGGCCAAAUAAAGUUUGCGGGUAAACACCAUUCUAAACAGCGCACCUGAUGCGAGCGGUUCCAUAUGUGACGGUGAUGAAAAUCUUAGAAUGAGGGGGAAUCUAAAGAUGAAACAACUAGGAUGUGUUGCUAAUAUGACUAGGAUUGUGCCUUUGGCUUCUGGACAAUGAAAUAAAGUUGAUAUGAAAACCGGUAGAACAGGAGAGAAAUGCUGGUUUCAAUGGCAUAUGAGGAAGUCUUUAUAAAAUAAUUGCCUCCACGUUUCUAUGGUCAGAUUUUGCCUAGUCUACUUUGAAGCAAAGUAAGACAUACCUCAUAAUAUGACGUAAAACAUCCAGGUUUCAAACAAUGAAGUAUAUGUUUUCAAAAUGCUUACGACCUCCAGUUCACAUUGCAAAGUGGUGGUUGAUGCGCUGAUAGCCUGCCUACUGUUGCCUGCACUUGAAUGGGGAAUUGGAGGCGCGCUUCAAUUACCAGGUUGAGAAAUAAAAAUAGUAGCUCUUUUUAAUCAUGCCGAUCAAAACUGUUUUUAACAAGCGAUUGCAUUUAGAAUUGUCGUGCAAUGACUGGGCUUAUAAAAGCAUGUUUCACUCCAGCAGUAACGAGCUUGAGAAACCGCAGCAGCUCUGCCGUUGUCUGACAAGGGACAUUCUGCUCAAAAUAGCCUGUGUAUACUAUGCUUGUGUGAUAAAUAUAAUGACUAACGAAAAAACACACGCCCAAUUUAAUUCCCCUAAAUGUAGCUACAUUUACCUACAGACCGAUAAGCAUGACGGUCAAAUGUAUUUCCAUUGACUGAUAUUUCCAUUCAUGAAUAAAAAGCAUCAUUUUGCAACGGGAUUGUUAUUUUCGCCCGGUAAAUUUGGCCGCUGACAAUUUUAUCUGCUUUUCGUCUGUAACCCAGUGAGAUUGUGAGUGUAACCUCUGAAUGCUUCUGUGUGUGUUGUGUGUUUUCAGGGGGAGGCAUCCAAGCACGAGGAUAACUUGGCUUUAUACCAUGGUGGCGCCCAACCUCUACUGUCCCGAAGACAGAGCCUGGAGACACAAUAUCUCGCACACAGACUACAGGUACUAAUACACCACUCAAUCUGUUUUAUACUGUAUGUAUAUAAAUAUUUAUUAAAGGAGUAAUCAAUUACAAUAAAACAAUGACUAAUAAUAUGUUGUUAGUUUGUAUGCAUUACUGUAAGAUUGUAUCUAAAUUUCAUUGUCAUUUUAUACCUAUCAAUGUUUCUGGAUGGCACAUUUGAGACAGAUAUAGUUAUUCAAUCCCUCAAAUUCCCCUCUCUGUCCCUUACAGAAAGCUAGUGUUAUGGCUAAUGUGAGUCCUGCUAGCUGCCAGCUCUUCUGUAAGGAGAAUCCUCGGAGUCUAGAGCAACAGCUACAGGAGCAUAGGUACAUUAUUAGACUAUUCACACUUAUCAAACGGAUCCCAUCGUCAUCUUAUUUUCCUGCUUGUCGCUAUAACCUAUAUCGCUAUAUCUUCAGGUUGCACCAGAAGAGGAUGUACCUCCAGAAGCAGACCCACCUCCAAACCUACUUCAACCAGAUGCAGAUAGUGGAGGGUUCCUUUCCAGGGGACCCAGGGGCCCCUCCACAGCAGCAGGGGGCCAUGGCCGGGGCCCACCAGCAACAGGGCAGCUCCCAGGCCUCCCCUCCCUACACCCAGGCCCUCAGCCCCCUCAUGGAGCCUAGCGCCAACCUGGUCUACGACCCAUACCUGGCCCAACACUACCCCCACCCUCACUCCCACCUCAGCCCAAUACUCAUGCACCCCAGCCUGGCCGGCCAGCUGCAGAACCAGCACCCCGAGGCCCUGGGAUACAGCUACCAGCUGUGUGACCAGCAGGGCCAGUUCCACUCCCCCCAAGAGGCACUUUAUCCAGAGCAAUACGAGUUCCCCCUGGACCCCGGGCAGCCACACCCGCCUGGCCCAGGAGAGGCCCCUGUGGCUGGCUACGAGGGGCUGGCGCUCCCCGCCGAGCUCCAGGACUCCUUUCUGGACAGCGAGAUGAUGGAGACUGUAGACUCGCAGCACGGCUUCGUACUGGUGAAC